CUUCGAUCCAAGUCCACCUUGUGCCCUCUGUUUCAGUCAUCUUCCUUUCCAUUAACUACUAUUCCCUCUAAUCUUUCACGUUAUUGGUCUAGUUUAGAGCAAUCGGCCUAGUACUUGGCAUUAUGGAAUAACCAGCAUUGUUAAUCCCAUUGUUUUUUACGCGUUCCGAUCGAGUAGUCUUACAGCGCGGUCCCUGCUCCGUUGCUACCUUGUGCCUCCCUCUUGUCUCUUCUUCCUGGCCACACCUUUGGACAUCUACCUCUCAUUCUCGCUAUGGGCCGUAUGCGACGGCUCUGGUCGUUGGUCGCUGGAAAGCCACAGGAGCAGCAAACAAAACAAUCCCCGGAUCCCCAGAGUAAAUCUCGUGUGGCCUCUCCCACGGCCGAGCCCAAGACUCCCGCUACCUCGGUCCUGGUGGUCGGUGCUGGUUCGACGGGUCUUGCUUUGGCCCAAGGGCUCAAACAGUCGGGAAUUUCGUGCGUCGUGGUGGAAAAACAUGACAGCUUUGAUGCGCAGCCGCGAGAUUGGAACAUGGGCCUCCACUGGGGCGUGGAACCAUUGAGAAGCCUUAUGACAGACGAAAUGUGGUCCCACAUCCAGUCCGCGCAAGUCGACCCCAGUGAGCCUCCCCCCGACUAUGAUUCUCUCAAAUUCCUCAACGCCCAGACCGGAGAAUGCAUGGCCGCAAUCCCCGUCCAGUCCUUCUAUCGCCUUCGACGACGCAAACUGCGGGGGCUCCUGGCCCAGGGAUUGGACAUUCAAUAUGGGAAGAGACUGCGGACCCUCACAUUCUCGGACGACGGGAAGCUGGCCACCGCACUGUUCGACGAUAAUACCUCCAUCACCGCCUCGCUCGUGGUUGGCACGGAUGGCGCCCGAUCGACGGUGCGACAGGAGCUACUGGGCCCCAACUCCGGGCGCAUCCGCCAGCUCCCGUACUGCGCGACCUUUGUGCAAGCUCGCUUUACCGCCGAGCAGGCCCUAUUCCUUCGCGGUUUUCACCCCAUGUAUCUGGCCGGCAUCCACCCCGCCGGACACUUCGCGUUCUUUGGCAUGCACGACGUCGAGGACCCGGACAAACCCGAGACGUGGACGUUUUUCUUCUACAUCUCCUGGCAGAGCACGUUAGAGGAGCAAGAAGCCACGGCCGGCUGGAACAAUGCGCAGCGACUGCAGCAGGUCAAGGAGUUCUCCAAAUGCUUCACGAACCCGUGGCGAAGCGCGUUCGAAUGGGUACCGGACGACCAACAGGUCUGGUACAUGGGCCUGACGGAAUUUAACCCGUGCGUCUCAGGCCACCGCUGGGAUAACCACGGGGGGCGGGUGACGCUGGCCGGCGACGCCGCGCACGCCAUGACCUACCAACGCGGUCAGGGCCUGAACCACUCCAUCACCGAUGCUGCCAAACUCGUCGAGGCCACCCACCAGCUUCUGACGGGGAAGAGCACUCCCACAGACGCCAUCACCAUGUACGAGGACGAAAUGAUCGCGCGUGCCGGCGGGGAGGUCUCUCUCUCGACGGUCAACACCGAGAUGGUCCACGACUGGCAGAAGGUGCUUCAGUCGCCUGUGCUCACGGCGGGAGUAACCAAGCGAUCCGUCGACCCCUCGACUUAAAGUAACCGAGUCUACUUGGACACUGCAUACCCCUCGUACAUACGGCUCGUCAUCCGAUUUAUGGGCGGGGUUUUUCAUAUUAGUCUCUGAUUUCCAUUCUCUUGUUCUUGCACAUAAAUACCCAGUCGAGGCGUGACUCCAGCACUGAAAUCUUUUUUUCUUUCUCUUUGUUUUUACUACGCCGAUACUCGCGCAUUCUACCUGCAUAUUGCACACAUACGUGUUAACUCUGCACAUACAUCAUUUCAGCCGAUGACCCUGGGUUAGACAUGGUGGAUCCACCUUUAUGAUUGUGCAUUCAAGAUAGCAAUUCAAAC